AUGAACUUUGAACCAAUAGAUUAUUUACUGACCUUAAAUCUUGAUUUCUCCAACACUGUUCCAUCAACAGAGGUUUCACCACAAAUUGAUCAACAAGAAUUGGAUUUAUUCACUCAAGCAGCCAACGAUGAUUUCUUUUCAUUAGAUGUAUUUGGCAAUGGUGAUAUUGUUCCCAUCAAACAACAAGAAUCAGUGAAACAUGACAUUCAUUCUACAUUUGACUUACCAAAAUCUGUUUCUCGUCCUAUCAAAAAGGAAACUGCUAGUGCUUCAGCAGCUGAUGAUAAAAGAAAAAGAAAUACUGCUGCCAGUGCUAGAUUUAGAAUUAAAAAGAAGAUGAAGGAACAAGAAAUGGAAAGAAGAGCAAAAGAACUAGAAGAAAGAGUUGUUAAUUUAGAGAAAAAAUUGAAGGCAGCAGAAUUAGAAAAUCGUUGUCUCAAAAAUAUAAUAUUUCAACAAAACCAACAAAAAGGGGAUGAAUUACUUCAAAGUAUUAAACAAAAAAGCUUUGAAUUUAGCUGA